AUGAUCGUGACAAGCGGUAUUACAGCUGCGCCCCGUUUCAAUGGGCCUCUCACGGCUAGCCUCAAUCAACUGCAAACAAACCUGGUUCCCUUUCCGCGGCUGCACUAUCUUCAAGCCUCUAUGGCACCAAUAUCAACUGUGGAUGGCCUCUCACACGAGAGUGAGUUAUUGGGUGCAAGCUUUUAA